AUGUCCGCCUCUACGAUUCUUUCAUUGACAGACCAGAUCAGAGAAGCAGCCUCCUGCGAGAGUGUUUCCUCUGGCCAUGGACAUGACCGACUUCUUCGUCUCGCCGAUGAGCUGAAACUGGCCAUUGAAACUCCCACUGAAACUGUUCUUCGGCUGAUCUACCAGCCCCCGGAGAACGCUGCUCUGCGCACCGUUGUAGAUUUGGGUAUUUUCCCGCUUCUCGUGAGCAAAGGCCAGAAAGAUGGCCUCACAGCCACGGACAUAGCCCUUUGCACAGGAGCAGACAGAUCAUUGAUUGUGCGCCUUAUGAGAGUUAUGUCUGCACUGAGCCUAUGCACAAAUAUCGAGCCGGAAAAAUACCGACCAAAUGAAAAAACAAUCACAAUGACCCAGCCAAUAGGUCAAGAUGGGGUGCCUUGCAUCUACGACCUCACCCUCCCCACCCUGAGCAAACUUCCGGAGUAUUUCCGGGAACACAAUUAUAGCAACCCAGAGGACUAUACAACAUCUCCCAUGCAGUGGGCUGUUGGACAGAGCCAAUUCGAAUGGCUUGCCAAGAACAAACGCCACCAGGCCCUGUUCAACUCAUACAUGUCCAGUCGACGAGAAGGAAAGCCUAUCUGGUUCGACGUCUACCCGCUGGAAAGACUAACAGACGGGGUCAGUUUCCACCCAGAGGCCGUUUUCCUAGUGGACGUUGGAGGAAACCAGGGUCAUGAUCUCGGGAAGUUUGUCUCCGAGUACAGCCCCAAGCCGGGACGGCUUAUCCUACAGGAUCUGCCCAAAAUCGUCUCAACUGUUGACCGGACCGGCAUUGAAACAAUGGGAUACAGCUUUUUCGACCCACAGCCCGUGAAGAAUGCCCGCGCAUAUUACUUCCGGGCCAUUUUCCACGACUGGCCAGACCACAUUUGCCAGAAGAUCCUUCUCAAUACGGCCGAAGCGAUGGAUCCCACAUACUCGCGUAUCAUUAUUGUGGACUUCGUCCUACCUGACACUAAUGCGGGGCGUAUGCAAUCUGCGCUCGAUAUCCAAAUGAUGAGCCUUGGUGCCGGGGUGGAAAGAUCGCAGCGCCAGUGGUCUGAGCUACUGUCUAGUGUUGGGCUGAGGAUUAACGGAAUAUGGAACUCCAGCCCGGGAAUGGAGUCGAUCAUCGAAGCUGUUCCCGCUCUGGGUGCACCCGUGAACGAGCUUGAUUAA